AUAUAACAAAAAAGAAGAACGUAUAUCAAUCUGUUAAGGGAAAUGCGCUCAAAUUUUUUGUUAAUCAAAACAUUACAAAAGAAUUCAUUGUUUAUAUGAGAGUUCUUACAAUGUCCGUUUUAAAUUCUUGCAUUAUUAAACAACCCUUCAAGAUAAUUGAAGUUCCCCUAGCUAAAUUUUCUGAAGAGAUCAUCCCCCAUCAUCAAAGUGUCUAUGAACAAUACAAAGGAACUAUCAGAAAACUUAUGUCAGCCAGUGAUCAUGCCCACUUGAAGAGAGAGAUCAAAGAGAAAAAAAGGAAUGUUAGACAAUUAAGAGAUCUCAUGUAUGAAUUAGACACAUUAAGGACACAAGUAGAAGAUGAAGACUUAGAUAAAUUUGAUAUAAAGACAUUAUCAUUAAGGAAAAUUAUUUUAAAUUUAAUUAGCGGAUAUUCAGAGUUAGAAAAGGCAGUUAAUCAGAUUACAUCUAGUCAAUCAAAUGAAGAAUCAGAAAAAGAAAACGCUGGACCUUUCGAUGGAGCGGCCCAGAUACAGAUCCAAGAAAAUAUGGACGAACUUAGGUUGAAACAGAAAGAAGAACAGAUGAAUAGAGUGGAAAAUAUCAACAGAGAUGUCGAAGACCUGCAUGAAAUUUACAAAAAUCUCAACGAAAUGGUAGAUAAUCAAGCUGAUCUUGUUAAUCAGAUCGCUAAUGAUGUGGAUAGUGCACAAGAAAAUGUUGAAUCUGGAUCGAAAGAGUUGGCCAAAGCCCAUAAAUUAAAAGCAGUGGCGUAUCCAGUUACAGGGGCUUUUCUAGGUGGCAUGAUUGGUGGGCCCAUUGGCCUCGUCGCAGGUCUCAAGAUAGGCGGCGUAGCUGCGGUGACAUGCGCAAUAGCUGGCUACACUGGUGGUAGGUGGUUCAAGAAGAAGAAUCUCGAAGAGAUCACACAAGAAACCGAGCCGGUGACGGAACAAGACGGAGAGGGCGAUAAAAAGGACAUUUGACGGUGUUAUUUAUGUUAGGUUUUUAUUUAUUUUGUAUUUGACGAAGGUUUUAUAUGAAAUAUUCAUACGAAAAUGACUGAAUGAUGUUGUAUAGAUGCUUUUUGGCAUUUUACGACGGUGUUUUGGGGUUGACUUUUAAGCAUGAAAUAUUGUAAUAUUUAGUUGUAUAUAAAAACAAUGUUUUGCUUUAUAAUAUAAAGAUUAAUACACACACCGGCAAAAUUAACGGAACACCUUAAAAAUGGGACAUUUUAGAUGUCUCGAAUUUCCUAAACCAGUUGUCCGACUUGAGAGAUUUUUUAGUAUGUUAUAGCCUUAUUAUUUAAGAAUAUCAAUAUAAUAAUAUUGUUGCCUAGACAGGUAAAUGUCAUUUUAUACCGGGUGUAACAAUCAUACUGUGUUUUAUGAUAUAGGAAUAUUCUAGCAUAUAUAAAAUAUUGAAAUUAAAACUCAGUUGUAGCCUUAGGCUUUCUUAACAUUUUGUUUUUUAAUUCAUUCGCUUAUGUUCAAUAAUAAAAGAGAUAUAAUGUACUUUUAUAUAUUACAAAUGAGGUAUGCUAUUUGGUCUUGAUCAAUAUCAUUCCAAAUAUCAAGAGUUACUGUUUCUACCUCUGGUAAAGUUCUAGGAGAUAGCAAACGCUGUCGUAGUCUCCUGCCAAUUAUGUCACACAAUAGGGAACUUGCAUAAAUUUUUAAAUUCGAAAAAAAUGUUAUAAAUCACAACACAACAUAAUUUAAAACAUGUAUCAAAGAUAAAAAAGUUUUGUUUGUCUUUCGUUUGGCCCCUAGAGACGAUUAAAAAUUCAAAUUAAAACAGGUGGUCCAAAACGCUUCGUGACGUCACUUGGUUUUACAUUUACAUUUUUCCAAUAAAGUAAACAGAAUUUUAAAUUAGACGUUAUAAACGUCAGUAGAAAAUACAUUUAUGUGACGUUACAAGUGUUUUUGAUCGUUUGAACUAUUCAUAGAAAAAUUCGUACUUUUACAAAAUGGUUUUAUUUUCAAUAGUAAACCUUCGUUCCUUUCCUUCAAAAACAGUAUAAAACUACAAUUUUAACAAACUGGUAUAUAUUAUUACAAUGGCAUACGAUAAAUGUCAUUAGAAUAUAAAUAUUUUUGACUUAUUCCACGACGAUGAGCUUGCCAAAUACCCAAGUAGGUGGAGGCCAAUAAACUAAAGAAGGAGAAGAAGAAUAUACCUAAAUAUAAGGUUGUGUCUAGGUAUACGUUACCGUGUACGCAAAUAAAAAAGUUAGAGUGUCAGUGAUUUCUUAUUUGUUUAGUGUUUGUUUUUAAAUUAACUACGGAGUGUGGACAAUUAUUUAGUUCUUUUAAUGAGUUUAAGAACACUUUAAAACAGUACGAAAAAGAUAAGAGACUAUAAAUUAAUAUAUAUAUAUAUAUAUAUAUAUAUAUAUAUAUAUAUAUAUAUAUAUAUAUAUAUAUAUUUUUAGUUAUAAAUGAUGUACUACCGUAUGAUGUACAUACUUUUAGUAUGUACUACCGUAAAAGAUUAAAAUAAAAAGAAGACCUAAAGCUUUCACAAUAAUAAUUAACUUGUUCUGAAGCUAUUAUCCUUGUGGCAUUUUUGUAAUCAACUAUGCUAAAUGGGAACUAAGCGACAAUUUAACCAAAAAAUGAUUUUAUUAACGUUUCGACGUCUAAAUCGGACGUCGUUUUCAAAAUACAAAAUAUUAUUAAAUUAAACAAAAAUGGUGUUGCUUAGUAAAAAAUUUUUCUAAUAAUUUAUUUAAUCUGACUAACUUUUGUAUUUUGACAAUGACAUCCGAUUUGGACGUCGAAACGUUAAUAAAAUCAUUUUUUUAGUUAAAUUGUGGCUUAUUUCCCAUUUAGAAUAGUUGAUUAUAAUAAUUAACUUACGUAUAAAAAUUAUUUUAACAGUAUUUUUUACGUGUUAUGUCAACUAAAUACAUAUAUUUAUUUUGCUAACCUAAAUAUAUACUUUAAUAUAUACAUUGAUUUAUUACAAUUAAGUUUGAAACAUCUGAAUAGUUCUGCUUCCCUUCCUUUAACAAAUAUUUUUCUAUCAAACACACGCUAAACAUAUCAAAAUAGCAUGUACCAAAAUAUACAGUCACUGCGCACGCUAGAUAAUAACGUCACUGGCUUUAUGAAGUUUAAUUCGCGUGUACAUACCUAACUUUUUUAUUUGCGUACACGUUAGCGUGUACCUAGACACAGCGAAAUAUAACCAUAAUAAUAACUAAUGUAAAACUAUGUGACGUCACGGGUCGUUUGAACUAUUCUAUACCGCUGAAGACUUUAAAUACGUAUUUCUAAGUUAUUACGAGUUUUUGAAGCGUGAAAUUUUGGAAAUCUCAUUUUUAAACAAAACUGAACAUUAUUAUGUAACAAAAAAAAAUGUGCAAGUUCCCUAUUGUUCGAUCUGGACUAUGCGAUGGCCAAUUCAAAGUCCGAAGAUUUACCUGUGGUAAAUAUUCGAUUACAAUUUGUGAACGGGAGGUCUUGCAUUAUCGUGGAUUAGCAAAAUAUUGUUACCAAUAUAAGGAGGCGAUAGCAUGGUAGCCAAGUCCUUCGCUAUGUAAGAUCCCUGAUUGAACACACUCAUCGCGGGUCAAAUUCCUUGUAGUGCGUUUCACUUCCACCAAACAAUAAAAAAAGUACGGACUUAAUUGAAACUUUAAAUAAUAAAUCUACUAAUUUUCACAACAAACCAGACGCUUUUUGACUGUUAAUUAUUUGACAUCUAUUAAAUUAGUAAUUUCUCAUAGCCUACUGUAGGCUUGUCUAUUAAACUAAGCAGAAAAUGAGGAUUUAUUGAUGAAAACAUGGUUAGUUGUUAACGUACCUACUGUAGGAAAAAUGAAAGAAUACCCAUGAACGAAUAUAUAAAACACGCUGUAUUUUCCUGUCACCGUGUCACACAAAAAAUUGGCCAGCGCAAGUACAUGUAAUAAUUAUUGUUACAUGUACUUGUACUCGACAAUUUUCUUUGUGACACGGUGACAGGAAAAUAUAGCGUGUUUUAUAUGUUCGUUCAUGGGUAUUCUUUCAUUUUUCCGACUGUAGCUUUUUUAUUAUCCAACAUAAACAAAUGAAUCCAAAUAAAUGUUAAUAAAGGCUGGGGCUACAAUUGGGUUUUAAUUUCAAUACUUUAUAUUAUGUGCUAGAAUAUUCCACAGGGUGUUCCGAUUUUCUUAAAUAAUAAGGCUAUAACAUAUAAAAAAUCACUCAAAUCGAACAACAGGUUUAGGAAAUUCGAGACAUCUAACAUGUCCAAUUUUUAAGAUGUUCCGUUAAUUUUGCCGUUUAAUUUAUUUGUAGUACUUUGUUUUGUUUUUUGUAUGUUUCUUAUUAAUUUAUGUGUUUCCAACAGUUAGACAUAUGUAUUAUGAUUUUUUGCCUUCCAUUUCUCUAUUCUAUUCUACUGUUCUUUGUAACAUUCUGUUAUGCUCAUUCUUCGUUUAUCCCUCUUGUUAUCGUUGCCCUGAAGUUUGUUUUUAUUUGGUAUCGUUUUCAUGUGAAAAAUCGAACAUAUUUUUGUCUCAUUAUCCGUUUGGUGUUUUAUAGUGUAGACAACAUGCUUAUAAAUUAAAUGUAUAUACAAUUUGCCUUAACAGUGCUUAAAUCACUCAAAAAAUUAGAUUUCCAAACUGUAGAUUAUUUAAAACAUAUCAUCAAAACUCAUAAUUACGUAUGUUCUUAUUACUAUUAUUUCUAUUGAAUAUUUAACAUUAUUUCUUAAAUAUAUUUUAAUUGCACACCUAAUCCUAAUUCUUAUAGGCGCUGUAAUAUUUUUUUAUGAUUUUUAGUUGUCAUCUGUCAUAUUAGGUAUUUUUAUAAUUUAUUGGUCCGUUAACGAGAUUUUUACUUUCUAAAUUGGAAAAAAUAACAAUUUUUAAAUAUUUUUAAAGAAAAAAGUAUUAUAAUUAUGGUUAUAAUUAUUUUAUACAUUGCUGAUAAGGUUUUGAGGUAUACAAAAAAAUGUUUGGCUCUUUUAGUUGUUUUUCACCAGUGCAGAGAACAAUUUUAUCUUCCAAAAGUGCAUUUUAGUUUGGGAGACACUUUUCUGCCUUCCUCUAAUGUUUUUUUUAUUCCAACGGGAUUUAAUUCGUGAGACUUAAAAAUAAAUAAACCUCUAAAAAGUCAAUUUUUUAUACAGUGGAACCUGCUUAAUUCGAACUUCCAUAAUUCGAAAUCUUCUUUAAUUCGAAUUUUUAUUCUGGUCCCUAGCAUUUCCUAUAUAAGUAAUGGUAAAAAGUCGUGAAUAAUUCGAAUUAUAUUUUGGAUAAUUCGAACUUUUCUGCUAUCAUUUCUGAAUAUCUUAGAAUCUUUUGUCAUUACUGAGAAGCUAAAUUCCAAAAAGCAGCUAAAAAUUUCAGAUCUCUUUGGAAAAAAAUAAAGUCGGUCUUUUUUAUAGCUUGCAAAUAUUUUAAUUGGUAUUUUUGGCCGAAUUUUAUUAGCCAAUUUUUUUAGGUUGACAAAACUCGGGCAAGAUUAGGAACAAAAACAUCUCCAAGCGAUAAAAAUGAUCAACUACUACUGUUUUUUUGCUGAUCAACUACUAAUAUUUAUCAUUUGCAGAUGUUUUUGUAGGUAAUCCUUGUUUUUGUAGAUUUAUUUUUUAAUUCGAAUUUUUGGAUAAUUCGAAUUUUUUAACGGUCCCCUGAGAUUCGAAUUAUCCAAGUUUCACUGUAUUUAUAUGGUCUUUUUAUACACGAUUUUAUAUAAAAUUAUACAAAAAACGUCUUUUGGGGGCGAAUUUACCUCUGUAUUAAAACGGUGUUUUUUUGAACUUAUUGGAGGUUUAUUUAGUAGUCGUAUAUAUAAGGCAUCAAAAAAAUCUUGGUUUACUCAGAAUGAUGUACCUAGUAGAUUUUGAUCAAAACAUCUCUCAGUUUUGAAAAAUGUGGUUUCGUAAAAAUCGCGUUUAGAGUAUUUUUACUGUAAUUUUAUCGAAUAAAAUGGUCAGCCAAAGCUUUUUUUAUAAUCCUGCCCUGUUUUGAUGCCACACUGCUCCUUCUAUUUGGCUUGAGCAAUACGAGUUUUUGUCGAUAUUUUCUUAUCAACUCUUUGCUAUUUCUCCAAUUUUGUUCCCAUGAGGUGCAUGCAAUGCAUCACUAGAUUUUAAUUUUUUACCCGAGAAACGGGGUAAUUCAAAAUUUUUUUCUGUAGUAAACUGAUUACCUUUAAAUUGUCUUUUAAUAUUAUGCUUAUUUCAAUGCGUCCCCUUACUUUGACUGCCUUUUAAUAAAAUACGUGCUAGUUUCAUGAGGUGUAAAAGCCAACUGUUGAGUUGCAGCUGCACAGGUCAGGCGUCGGGCACGUUGUAUACAAAUGAGUUUUAGCUCACGUAGGUACGUACUAGUGUUGCCAGGUCUGAUUUGUUUUUAAUCGGUACAUAAGCAAAAACAAAUCGGGAUUUAGGGUUGUAGAUCGGGACAAAUAAACAACAAUAGCCCAGUAGUAAAUAAAAGUCUCUAGCAUUAAAACUAAGCGAGUUACGCUCAAAAUAAAGCUGGCUCCUUUUUUGGUAAAAAAAAAAUCGUGAAAACCUCCCCCUAUUUAGCACCGUAAAUAAAAUUAAUCGUUACCGCUUUACCAUUUACUUUAUAUGUGUAUUAUUUAUACGAUCUGAGGUUUUCCGAUUCGGAUUGAUUACUUAGUUUUGAAAAAAAUUAGUUUUAUAGUAAAAAAGAAUUUCCUAAAAUAUUGAAAAAUGCCUUUUUUCAAAAUAACUUAAAAAUUAUUAAGGAUACUAAAAAUCUCAAGGAGUAAAAAGUAGGUAGGUUUUGCUUUUAUAAAUAUGAUAGAUUCAUUUUGUUUUUCUGUUAAAAAGGAGUCAUCUUGAUUUUGCGUAACUCGCUUAGUUUUGAUGCUAGAAACUUUUUUAAAACAUAAAAAUAAAGCUUUAUUAAAAAAGUUUUAAUUGGUUUUUCCCGAAAAGUGCUUCAUUUCUUGGUUAUUUCACGUUGAAAUAUUUGAUUUGGAAUUCGACGAAUAAAAACGUAUUUUUCAUGAGCUACAACUUUGCUUUUCUGGGUCUAUAGACUUUACGAGUUCACAAUUUCUUUCAUUUUUUGCUAAAAAUAUUUUUUUCGAUCAAAUACUUACUUUUUAAGUUAUUUGUGAAAAUCGCCUGAAAACGUGAUUUUUUGUCGAAAAAUAAACAUUUUCAGUCGUAAAUAACUCGAAAAGUAUUAAGCAAGUUAAAAUUCUAUAGAACAAAUUGCUUAGAAUUAGUCAAUUUAUCCAUCUCCGGACUUAUUUUAAACGCGCGGUUUUUCACCCCAACUAGGGGUGACUGUCAUCCGCCGAGUAAAAGCAACCAACGGCACAAGCCGUCCAAAUUUUCAUGCAAUUCGGAGUUGAUCCUGAAAAUUACACGGUAUCGCCGUAUUUCCCGUUCAUUUACUGGACUACAAGGUGUUUCUAUAACCUGUAUUUAAUCCUACAUAAUAAUAAUAAUCAGACGAAUGUUGUUCUGAAGCUAUUUUCUUGUGACAUUUUUAUAAUCAACUAUAUUUAUUUAAUAAAAUCAUUUUUUUGGUAAAAUUGUGGCUUAUUUUCCAUUGAAAAUAGUUGAUUAUAAUCAGACGAAAUUACAAAAAAAAAUCGUAGAUUAAGUAAAUUAUUUAUUUUUUAUUAAAAUUAUAUUUUUCGUUCGGUUUUGCGCUUUUAGGAGUGCCUUGUUUUUAUAACAUAGUUAUAAAAUUCACUGUAAGUCCUCCUGAAAUUGGUUUUCGUGGGUGAAAAUCGGGACAUUUAGUGUCCCGAUCAGGUACAAAUCGGUACGCGUCCCAGACCCCUGAAAAUCGGGACGUCCCGCGCAAAUCGGGACACCUGGUAACACUAGUACGUACCGUUAUAAAUAUAGCUGUAACUUUUGUUUGUAUUUCGAAUUUCUUAAUAAAAUUUUAGUAGAUAUUUUUAAGAAUCGUUUUCUAAGAAAGUAAAAGUCCCUUUAAGUAAGCAUUCAACAGUUGUGGAAACUACAUUUUGUCGGUAAUCAACAAAUACUGAUAUUUAUUUGUUUUGUGUUUGUUUUUUAGUGUAAAUAAAUCAAUGUUCCUUUAUACCCAUUUCCUUUAAUAUAAUACGUAAAUGUACACAUAUAAUACACAUCACUUAACUAGUUUUAUUAUUAAAUGCAUAUUGUGACUUAAUGGACAAUGGACAAUGGCGUAUUUCGAUGGGUUGCUGUAGUGGACAACUGAUAUUUGUAAUAUAAAAUAUAUACAAAUAAAUCUUGCACUAAGCGAAAUCUUUGUAACUACGCCACUGCGUGACUUUAUUUUUUAAUGUAUAAUUUUAUAUAAAACCUUUUACUGCUAAUAUUUAGUGGUAAUAUUCUUUUAUUCAUGGCUUAGGCUAGAUCUAGCUAUAAGUAUUCAAAAUAAACUAUUUCAAAAACAUAA